AUGGGUUGUGCCUGCACCGUGGUUGUCCCGCAGAGCGCACAGCCGAUGAUGGUUCAGAAACUACGCGAUGCAGGGGCUUCGGAUGUCAUUAUCCAUGGAGCCAGUUGGUUCGAGGCAGAUACGUAUCUGCGGGAAACAUUCAUCGACAACGGAGACAGCAAGUCGGAUUCGGCGAAUAUCUAUGUACCUCCAUUCGAUCACCCUGAGAUUUGGCGGGGAGCAGGCACUCUGAUUGAUGAGAUGGUGAGGCAGCUGCCUCCGAGCGAGAACGCAUUCCCGGCCGAUGCAAUUGUUUGCAGUGUAGGCGGUGGUGGUCUUUUGAAUGGGAUCGUGGACGGGCUAGAGAGACAUCUACCAGUCCAACAACCGAACUCGCUUUCAGAAGGGAAGAAAGUUCGAAUCAUUGCUACUGAGACAGCUGGGGCCGAUUCGUUGGCGCAUUCACUCCGUCAAGGCUCUUUGCAAUCUCUCUCUGCCAUCACAUCGCAGGCAAAUACUCUGGGGGCACUUCGUGUGGCGCCGAAAACAUUCCAAAACGCCUACUCCCCUCCGCCUGGUAUCGAGGUAACCAGUGUCGUGGCCACAGAUGCUGAUGCCGCAAGAGGUGUGGUGCGCCUGUCCGAUGACUUGCGGCUGGAGGUCGAGCUGGCUUGUGGAAUCAGUGUUCAAGUCGGGCUGGAUAGGUUAAAGGAGGUCAUGCCGGACCUCACACCGGACAGUCGAGUUGUCAUUAUUGUUUGUGGAGGAAGCGGUGUUACUCCGGAAUUAAUCUCGGAUUAUCGCCAGAAGCUGAAGAAUGGAUGGCAAUGA